GGCCUAUGUAUUACAAGGGUUUGUACCAUCUAUUUUACCAGUACAAUCCUUGGGGAUCUACAUGGGGCAACAUUGUUUGGGCUCACUCAGUGUCAGGGGACUUAAUCAACUGGGAAGCUCUUGAACCCGCAAUCCACGAGUCGAAGCCCUUUGACAUAAAUGGGGUAUGGUCCGGAUCAGCCACGAUCCUACCCGGUAACCGUCCUGUUAUACUCUAUACAGGUCUUACCGCUACUAGUGUACAAGUUCAAAAUGUUGCAAUUCCAGCCAAUUUAUCCGAUCCAUAUCUGCGAAAAUGGGUCAAACCCGAUUACAACCCGAUCAUUACCCCAACCUCGGACGUAAACACGUCGUUAUUUCGGGACCCGACCACUGCGUGGUGGUCCCAAGGGCAUUGGCAUAUUGUGGUGGGUAGUAGGAGAAAGCAUAGGGGGGUGGCCUAUUUGUAUAAGAGUAGAGAUUUUAAAAAAUGGACCAAGGCUAAACACCCAUUACAUUCGGCCCCAAACACGGGUAUGUGGGAAUGUCCCGAUUUUUUUCCGGUUUCGACCCGAAGUAAAAAUGGGUUGGACACUUCAACAACGGGCUCAAAUGUGAAACAUGUGCUAAAGGUUAGUCUUGAUGUUACAAGAUUUGAAUACUAUACUAUUGGAAAGUAUGAUGCCAAUAAAGAUCAGUAUUAUCCGGAUAAUGCUAAAAUUGAUGGUUGGAAUGGGUUAAGAUUUGAUUAUGGUAAUUUUUACGCAUCAAAGACAUUUUUUGAUUCUCAAAAGGGUCGUAGGAUUUUGUGGGGUUGGUCUAAUGAGUCUUGGACCCCAGACAUUACUGCCCUCAAAGGUUGGGCUGGAAUUCAGGCUAUACCAAGAUCGAUAUGGCUAGAUCCAAAAGGAAAACAAUUGGUACAAUGGCCGGUUGAGGAAGUGGAAAGAUUAAGGGCUAACAAAGUUGAGCUGAACAAUCGUCAACUUAAACCAGGAAAUCGUUUUGAAAUUAAAGGAAUAACUCCGGUUCAGGCUGAUGUUGAGGUAAUAUUCAAGAUCCCAAAUUUAGAGAAAGCGGAUACAUUUGAUUCUAAUUGGGUAGAUCCCCAAGAUUUGUGCAUCCAAAUAGGAUCAAAUGUGAGAGGAGGAGUUGGACCAUUUGGGCUUCUAACACUUGCUUCAGAUAAUUUGGAGGAGUACACUCCUAUAUUUUUUCGAGUUUUCAAGGCCCAAAAUAAUAAACAUGUAGUUCUUAUGUGCUCUGAAGGCUCAAGUUCUUCAACGGAAAAGGGAUUAUACAAACCAACAUUUGGUGGUUUUGUAGAUGUAGAUUUGAGGUUUGAAAAGAAAAUCUCUCUUAGAACCUUGGUAAGUAUUAUUCCCUAUUUUCAUAUUAAAAUGGUAUAUAUAUAUAGUCUAUUUAAUUUUCAACUUAAUUAUUUAAUUCAAUUUGUGCAGAUUGAUCACUCCAUUGUGGAAAGUUUUGGAGCGGGAGGCAAAACAUGCAUAGUAUCAAGAGUUUAUCCCAACCUAGCAAUAAUGAAUAAGGCUCAUUUAUAUGUUUUUAAUAAUGGUACGAAUGCUGUGAUUGUCGAGCAUCUUAAAGCUUGGACAAUGAAAAAACCCUUUAAAAUGAAUGAUUAGCUCAUUCAUCUUUUUAGGGGAGAUAAAUUAGUUUCAAAAUUAAUUAGCACUUUCAUAUUGCAACAAUACUAUAUUUUUCAAUGAUCAUUAGUGGUUGAUUAUAAUUAUAUUGUAAUGUUUAUUUGUCGAAUUAGGUUUUGAUUAAUUAUAUCAAGCAUGGUUGAUUAUAAUUAUACUGUAAUAUUUAUUUGUUGAAUUAGAUUUUGAUUAA